AUCACUCUAAAAGUUAAAGCAUGAUCUAUAAAUAGAUACUAGCAGUAAAUGUCACUUGUACAUGAAUCACCGAACUGUAGAGAAACUAAUAUUAAAUUGAACGUUUUAGAACUUAACGGACAUUCGUUAGAAAAAAGGGAAAUAUCUAAAUUUGAAAGAAAAAAGGGAAUAAGUCUAAAAUAAUUAGAGGUAAGAACUAAAUGUAAGAAUUUACUUAUAGUUAGAGGAAGUAGGCAACUGGCAACACUUAUUUAUUUACUUAUUUAUUAAUUAAAAAUUAACACUUGACUUUGCACUUUGACAACACAUUUUUUCAUUAUAAAGUAAAGUAUAAAGUCAACAAAGUGACUCAGUUCAGAGUGUUCAGUAUCACUGUCAGUAUAAUCAGUUAAUCAUUGAAUUGUAACUUGUAGUUGUAGUGAAGUGGGUAUGUUCCUUCCACAGUGAGUAGUAGUAGUUAGUUAACUUAACGUUUAUAGUGUAUAGUUAUAUUAUGAAGUUUAUGGAACAAGUGUAAGUGGAUCAUCUUGGGCCUUGAUUCUUGAAAUUUUAAAAGUAACAAUUUACUUCAAUUAAGUAGACAACACUUAGCAAUAUAAUGAAGUACAAAGUUAAUAAAGUGAACACAGUACAGUACAGUGACUCUGUUCAAUCACUAUUCAGUGUCACGGUUAAUAAUCAGUAUUAUUUAAUUGUUAUUGAAAUUGUACCGUAACUGAUAGUAUAUAUAGUGAUAGUGAACAUGGAACUGUGUGAACAUGGAACUGUGUACGGUCUUCUGACUCAAUGGUAAUGUUUAUCAAUAAUCAAAUUAUUCAAUUGUCUUGGGCCUUGAUUCUUGAAAUUUAUUUAAAAAAUUAAGAUAAAAAUAAUAUAUUAAAAGUUACGUGUAGUCUUAGCCAAAAGCAAAAAAGUGAUUUAAAUUGAACAAACUAAGUUUAUUUCUUAAACAAGGUACUAAGUUAAAAUGGCGACUUAGUAUUAGUAGACUGUUAAAAUUAAAAAUACAUGAUUGAACAAUAAUUUAUUGCUUGUGAACAAUAAUUUAUUGCUUGAUACUCACUGGGACCCAGUGACAGUGGCAUCGGCAUGGCAUGGGCUUAUACUUAUUUAAUUAUUUAUGGCAAAAGAGAAUUGGACCUACUACUUGACUUAAUUAAAUCAACUUGCUUAGACGUACUUAGUUAACUUAGUACUUGUUACUAGUUAGUCUAGCUAGUAAAGUUAUAAUAUUAAUAUUAAUAUAAAAAUGCAUCCCUCUGCGUUAUCUAUAUAAUUUAUACUAGUUUAGCUCAAACUAAGCUUAAAUUGAAGUGAAUAUAAUAUAAUAUUAAUAUCAAUCAAGGAAAUAUACCUGGUGAAAGUAUUUUGGGAAGUGGUGUUUUGCUCAUCCAAUUGUAAAAAUAAAUAAACUUCACUUUGAUUAUUUCUUAUGUCUUUAUUUUGAUGCUAUUUUGUAAAUAUUUUGUAUUUUGUAAUAUAUUAGUCUAGACAACUAUUAGUAAUCAUACAUGCCAACCUGGAUGGUUUACCCGUACUUUGUACAGAUUUUAAACGUUGUUCAGGUUGUAUGACAUACAGGCUUUUGUAUGGUUUUUCACUGGAUUUAGAGAAGAAAUAUAUAUGCACAUGACAGUGACACACAUUUGAAAUAUUGAAAUAUAAUUGGCAUCAGACAAUGCUAUGAAUUCAAAAUUGGUCAAAAGGACGCUCAAAUCCUCUUGUCCUGUUCAAAAUUACUUUUGGCCCAAAUUCUGGGAUUGUAGGCUAUCUAUAUUUUACUGUUUCAAUAAGAACGUUCUUUUAUACAAUAGCCUUGUAUUUAAAAAAAUAAUCUACAUGAAUUUUCCCCCUUUAUGGUGAAAGUAAGGCUAAAAAUUGAUUGUCAACAUAAUAACUUUGACAAGAUGGAAAAAUUGAAUUUCCAUUUGUAAAUUUAAAUACAGAAACCUAUUUUACUACAGCGAGCAUAAUUAACCAAACAAUGUGCCUAAUUACAAGCUAGUUUUAUUUUAAUAGAUGUUAUCUAUCUUAAUGUAAACAUGCUAACACAGCAAAGGGAAAAAAUUCAUAAAUAUUUACUAAAAAGAAGACAAAAUUUGCACGCAUUGAAAACAUUGAUAGUUAAGUGAUGAAAAUAUAAUAAAUUAUACUUUUUUUUUCCUUCAAAUUUUCAUUAUUUUUUUAUUCUGUGCAGUUUUUCAUGCUGUUUUACAAUUUUUUUUUUUUUUUUAAACAGUUUUUGAUGCCGACAGGUUUUUAGGGAUUUAUACUAGUCCAAACUAUUAUUUCAGUAAUAUAGUAUGCCUCUCAGUAAACAGAUAGACUAAUCAGCUCAAGAGUUAAUAUUUUAUUUAAAUGGAAAUUGUUAUUCAAAUGAGACAUCCUUACGUUCUAUUUUUAAUAGAUUGGAAUAUCUUUAACUUUAAAUCCUUUAUUUAUUCUUUUCAAAACAGAAGUUCGAUCUGACCAGACUAUCAUCAUGUUUAAAAGUGGACCUAACUACACGAAACUAAAAACAAAUUUAAGACUAAUAAUCAACAGAUUAAAGCUCUUGGAGAAGAAAAAAACGGAAAUGGCUCUUAAGUCUAGGAAAGAAAUAGCUGAUUACAUUUCAGCUGGAAAAGAUGACAGAGCUAGAAUUCGUGUGGAACAUAUCAUACGUGAAGACUACCUUGUUGAAGCCAUGGAACUUUUAGAAAUGUACUGCGAUCUCUUGCUGGCUAGGUUUGGUUUGAUUCAGACUCAGAAGUAAGUAGACCUAUAUUAGACCCACCAUAUUAAAUGUUAUCUGAAACACUAUUUACUUGAUAAACCAGUUUUAGGUCUUUAUAUAUCCAUUUGAAAAAUUUUUGGAUCUUUAACUUCAGGGAGCUUGACCCAGGACUUGAAGAAGCCAUUGCAAGCAUUAUUUGGGCAACACCAAGGCUGCAAGCAGAUGUCCAAGAACUUAAGGCAGUUACAGAAGAAUUUGCUCGCAAAUAUUCACCAGAAUUUGCCCAGGCAUGCAGAUCAAACGCCCUUAGUAAUGUCAAUGAAAAGGUAAAGUCAUAAUUUUUUUUAUCUUUAUCAAACAAUGCAUACAAAAAUGUGCACUAGCAUCUUUAGAAAAGUUAUAUUGGUUAUGUUAUUAAAAUUAUUGGAGUUUUUCAGCAAUUAAUAUAUAAAACCUAUACUUUUAAAAUAAAUGAUCUAAAUGAUGUCAAUUUCUAAAAUUAGUAGCAAAUUCCUGUUUGAUCAUUUGAAAUUCAUUGUUUAUAAUUGUAUAUUAUUUUAAAAUAAAUUUAAGCAUUGUUUUAUUUUUUAAUGUAUUUCUUUGAAUGACGGAUGUGUUAUGUAAGUGUGUUAGUUUGAUUUUCUAAGGCAAGUUUUUUGCUAUAUUUACUAAUAUUGCCAAUGCAUUGCCUAUGCACAGACACAUACUUUAAAGGAUCUUUAAUUUGUUUGCAAUCCCAUCUUCCAAGUCUGCAUAUUUAGAAUGUGGCAUGAUUAUAUUUGUAUGUUAAACUUGAUUAAUUACCUUAUGAAGCUAUACAACUUCCUUGUCAGCAGUAACUUCUUGUGGGUUGUAACUGAUAAAAUAUAAAAGUUCUGAUUUUCAUAUGUUUUAUUGCUACAUUUUCUUUUAUUAAUAGCAUAUUUAUACUUCACUCUUCAUUUUUUUUAAUGUAUUUUUUUUAGUCAUCAUUAAUAUUUUUCCUGAAAACCUAAUAAAUUUAAUAAAAUGUAUUUAUUGAAAAGGAUUUUAGGUUGAGCUGCCAUAGUUACUCCCAAUGUCAUUUAACUUUAAAAAAAUUUUGAGCAGGUUAUGCACAAGCUAUCGGUUCAAGCUCCCCCAAAGUCAUUAGUGGAACGUUACAUGGUUGAAAUUGCAAAGACUUACAAUGUGCCAUUUGAACCUGACCCAUCUGUGAUGCAUCAAGAUGAGAUAUUGCUGGCAGAAAAUCUGUUGAUAGAUUUAAAUGAAGAUAGGAAGAACACAGGAGGCAGCGGCGGUGGUGGGCCAAGGGGUGGAAUGGGCAUCCAACAGCCAAUGAAUUACCCAGCAGUACAACCAUUACCUUUAGUGAGUUCUGGUCUUCAGCUUACCAAGUGCCUUAUUCUGAUUAUUUUAUGAAUUAUUAAAAUGUCUUAAAUUGUUUAAACUAAAUGUUUUCUACUCAAAGCUAAUUACAGUUCUCAAAUUGAAAAGACUUUUAUUUUCAUUACUACUUAUACACAAAAUUAAAAGGUAUGUUAUUUCUAUCACAUUUAAGAAACUUAUGCUUUAAUAAAUUGUUAACCAUUAAGUUUGUGUUAACAAUAAUUGUACAUAUUUCUUCCAUCAAUAACUAGAACUAUCCAUCAGGACCAAUGGCAUCAGCACCCCCUCCUCUUCCCAACCAACCACCUCAUGGAGGUUUAAGUCUAUACCCUUCAGGUUAUCAACCUCCAGCCUACAAUUCUGGUGCUCACUCUGCACCUGCAGGACCUCCUAAUUUUGAUCAGCUGUAUAAUGGUAAUGCCAAGCCAGCGUAUCCACCAGGGCCUUCUGUGUCUGUGCCACCUUCAAGGCCUCAGCAAAGUAAGACAUAAUCAUUGAUGGCAUGCACAUAGGAAUCUAUCCACACUCCAGUCGAAACGAGCCACUUUUAUUGAUUACACUACAUUUUUUUGUUUUGUUGUCUUCUUUAAUUUUUCACCUUUCGAGGCCUGGCAAGUGAAGGUUUGUGGUCACGUCCCAGUACCGUAUGUGAACCAACAUUUUUUUUAGAGAAACACUGCUCUAGAUAAUAUUUUUAAAAGUUCUAAUGUUCCUCUGCAGCUAUAUGAACAUGUGCUUUAAGGUUCUGUUGGCCUGCUUGGCUUAUAAAAUUUAGUUAAGUCUUAAUUGAUGAUGAUUUGCCAUUGAUGAUAAAUAUCUGUAAAAUAAUUAAGUUGAUACCCUUAUAAAUAAAGAAAUGGUCAUUUGGUUAAAAGUUGUCAUAUUUGUUUAGAAAUAUAUCCCCUAAAUGUCCAAAUUGUUUCCAUGACAUGUGAUAUGCUAUUUUUAAACUCAGCAGAAGAUACUGACAAUAUGAUGUAGAGUAAAUGAUUUUUCUUCAUUGAAAGUUUGACUGAUUCUGUCGAAGAUUUGUCAGUGCCAAAAGCCAUGGUUACUUUCUUUGUGGCGGCAAUGAGGGAAAUAAAAUGAAAUGCUUAAUUGAUUGGCCAUUUUUUAUUUCAAGUAGAUAGAAAUUGUAUUCACUGCUAAUAGCAUAUGAAACUGAUUUCUAAGAUAUAUAUGAAUCAGUCAAUAUUAAAAAAUCUACCAUUUAAAUAAUGCAUCAGUUUUAAUCAUAUUUAUAUUUGUCAUCAAUGCAAUGGCAGGAAAUAUUUCAGUACAUAAAUUAAUGCUGAGGAAAAAAGGAAUCUUACAUAGUUAGUCUUCUAGUUUUACUUACACAGACAAUCUUACCUUAAAUAUGCUGUAUGUGUUUUACAAAUCAUGUUUUCUGUUUGCUAAAAUUAUAAAGAAACAUUUAUUUGUGUUUCAGAGAAUGAAGACUUAUUUCCAGAACUACCAACUGUUCCAAACAACACUUUGCCAGAUCUGGGCAACUCUGUUGGGGGGAAUUCUGCGGGAGAUGACGUAGACUUUGAUGAUUUGACGCGAAGAUUUGAACAGUUAAAGAAAAAGAAGUGAAAAAUAUUAAUCGCUCCUUUUUAAAAAUAUAUUUUCUAUAAUUUAAAAUCAUACAGUAAUUUUUUGCAGACUCUAAUUGUUGCUAAAACAUUAUUACCAUAUACUAAAGCAUGUCAUCUCAAAGGUUUUUUUAAAAACAAAAAGGACAGCAAAAAUCAAGUAAUAAGUCUAUUUCGGAGGACAGUCACCAUUUUCUAUAACUACUUAGAGUUUAUUUAUGAUACCAUCAAUAGAACUUUGUAUAAUUUAUUGCAUUCCUAGAUAACACACCCUUUUGUUGUGAUAGUAAAUACUCUUUUGUAAUUAGCAAACAUACUAAGGCUUGUGACUAGCUACUUUUUGUUUGGAGUCUUCAGAUUUCUGUUUCCUCAUUUUUAUAAAUACAAUAAUAGACAACCCUCAAUUUAUAUGCUGGUUGAAGGUCUUUGGGAAUUUAAGAUGGAACCCAUCAUAUCAGUGGGAAAUCAAAGGGUUUGGUUACCUAAAUUUAAUAAUUUUAUAGACACUGGGCAUAAGCAGUCAGUUACUGCAUCUUUGCUUUGGAGAAAUAUGACAUGUAGUGAAAAAAAAAAGAAAAUCCAGUGAAUCCUUUAAAUACAUUAAUAAAAAAAAUAAAUAUUCAAUCUGAAAUUUUAUCUUGUGGCUAAAUAAUGUACAUAAAUCAUUAAAUAUGUAUUUAAAAUCUGCCUGGCUUAGACUUGGCUCCUUAUUAUCAAAGUUAUCAAAUGGAUGGAUUGUAACAGUGAAUUCAGUUUAAUUUUUUUUAAAAACAAUAAUAAUGCAAACGGAUAUUACAUGUGCGUGUUAGUGUUGCCAUAAUCCAGCAAAACAAACAUUAAACAUUUUUGUCUGCUUAUUCUGAGGCCAACUAUAUAAAGCUAAAAAUAUAAUUGACAGAAUAUUAUGAUCAUGAUGUUUACAUAAAUGAUUGUGGAACCCUAUCUGAAAAUUGUGUGAAAUCAUAUAUCGGUAGCUGAAUUAUAAAAAUUCUAGUGAAUAUGUCCAAUACAUGUACCGUACUUAAUUGUGUAUAAAUAUAAUUUACCAAUGCCAGGUAUAAAUAGACUUGUUUAUUCAUGUGUUUGUCAGAUCUGGGCAUUUGUUCAGGAGGGAUGGUAAGGGGUUAUUUGGCAAAAAUAUAUGCAGUUAAAGGGGAAAAAAAAUAAACGUUUUUCUUGUACAUAUAAUAUGUUAUAAAUUCUUUUGUUUCGUUCUAAUUUGCCACAAUAUAUAUUACACAUCUUUAUUUUUCAGAAUACUAUUCUCGUAAUAUGUUAUGUCAAUUCGUUUAAGAAAUUCCCUGUCCUGUAAUAUUUUUGAAAGCUUUGUGUGAAAAAAAUUGCCUCAAGGAAAAUCAUAAUUGAAACAAACCAAAAUAAUUUUUGUUCGCUUUGCAUUUAACUUUUAUUUAAUGUAUCUAAAAAAAAUCAUUUUUGUAUGCAAUCAACAUACUGAUAUCAUAAAGUUCACAUGUAAAUAGCUCCUUGUAAAUUUAUUGAUUCAACAUACAGGUACCUAAUACUAUAGACCUAUUUUUUACUUAAUAUAACUUACUUUUUUAUAGCAUUCGUUAAUAUAAAGUAGGUCUACUAAAAAUGGGCCUAAGCAAGCUGUCCAAACUCUAAGACUAAAAUGAGUACUUCACAAAUAAAGUAUUUAUCAUAUUAUUAUUCUAAUCAUAUACAGGAUAUGGUCUAAUUUGUUUGUGUUAAGUUAAAUCUAAUAUAAAGUAACCUAGACCUAGUCUAGGCCUAAAACAUAUUAGGCUUAGGCCCGAUAGCCUAUUUAUUAUUAUUGGCUUAAAUUAUUAAAUUAGGCAUAGCCUAAAAUUUAGGCUUUAUUUAGUGUAUUAGACUCAUUCUCAUUUAUUAGACUAACUCACUUCAUGUACCGUACAUUAAGAAAUUUCAAGCACGUUAUUAUAUUGCCGCCAUAUUGGUUUUUGUUUAUCUUGAUCAUCGGUGAUCAUGACGCUUUUUGGCAAUCUCUUGGCCGUCGACAUAACCGGGUUCUACUGUAUAAAUUUAAGUGUAAAGAAGAAGGCUGGAGAGCCUUAUGUGAAAUAAGACUACAAAUUUGGAAUUGAUAUGGUUUAUCAAAAUAUUGAAGUGUUGAUACACCAUUUUUUUUACCUCCAUAUUUACUAUUUCAAUGAAAUACAUUUUUCCUUGUUAUAAAGCACCUUUUCUCCAGGGAAAGUAUUAGCCAAUUUAAGUUUUAGUAUAAUCAUCUGGGUGGGGGUAACAUUACCACCUUGCUAUUUUAUUAUAAUUGACAGUGAAUCUUGUUUUUUUUUAGGAGUUUUAUAUUCCUUUGUUUUGUAAUGUGAGUGAAUAGAAACUGAAACCAGGAGUUGCAAAAAAUGUGAAAACUUGGGAUAUAAAUAAACUAGCUUCAGUAUUGAAAAGUAGAAUUUUCUGUAUGUCGCCUGCCUUGAAUAAAAAUAAAGUUCAUAUGAAUUUGAUUUAGUCAGGUUUGUUCCCUUUCAGAUAUCAAACUAAAGUAAUGAGUUAUUUCUAUGUAACUAUUAAUGGUUAGAGAUCUUUUUAAAAUGAUAAACACAGGGAAAUCCAAAACAGCAUUUU